GCGUCUACCCGGCCGGAAAACUACACGAAGAAGUAGGAAACGGAAGUGAACAGUGAUCAAGAACAAUUUCCACGUUAGCGUUUUUUUUGUUAUUUAGACAUUUAUUAACACCCUGGAACUCAAAAUAGGAUUAAUUUAACUGCACAGCAUAACUUAUGUAUCCCUGGUAGUGUUUAAUUCGCGUUGAAGACAGUACUUGGUUGAUAUAGGUGAUAUAGUUCAUGAUAGUUAGCUGCUAACGUUAGCUAACAAUGGCUACCUGUAACUCAAACGUUAUGAUCUUUCACACUCAAAUAGCCUCCGUCAUGGAGGUACUAGCGAAUGCGGCAGUUGCAGAGAUCUGUAAACUCGUAGACGACGACUAUGCAGUGUUUCGUUUAGAAAUAACUCAAAGCCAGAAAGAAAACAGGGCAUUGCGGAGGAAACUACAGCUAAUUGAAUUGAAGGUGGCACGGGAGCGCGCCGAGAGGACAACGCGAGAGCGCGUCUUCGCCAGUCGUCCCAGUAGUGUCAAGAUCCUCGACCGAUACAGAGGAAUGACAAGAGGUGAAGGACAUCUCACUGGAGGCCACAGGAGCUUUGUGAAACCAACGGGACACGAAACAUGGAGAGAUGACCAACCCAUAGCUAUAGAUGAGGGGAGUGGAACCUCAAACCAGCAUGUUAUCCUGAUAGAGUCUGCAGAUGCAAAGGCUGCUAGUCCUGGAAGAUCGUCUCUGGUCAAACAGGAGAGGACUGAAGGAGAGGAGGACCCACGACACAGCAGAGACAUCCAGAUUGGAGCAGUUGGAGUGGCGCCCCCUGUAGCCACGGAGGACUUCGCCUCCGCGCCCCAUCCUAGGGCCCAAUGCAGCAUCACGGAGGAGGAGGAGGGUCCAGAGGUGCUGCUGGUGAAGGACGAGGGUCUGGGGAACCCUGAGGGGGAGGACAACCAGACUACACCUCCUCCUGAACCCACAGAGGAACCAGCUGAGCAGCACAGGACCACGCACAGUCUCACUGAGUCAGUAGACAUGGAGGAUGGGAAGCCUGAUCUGCUGCUGGUCAAAGAGGAGACAAUAGAAGAUGAACCAGAGAGCAUUGACCUGCUGAGUGGACUAAAGAUGGGGGAGCAAGGUGAUUGGCUGGAGGCUAACAGAGGGGACUGGGCAGCCCUUUUGAAUUCCCAGACCCAGACUGGUGUAGCCAAGGGCCCAGGGGACAACAUCACUGAGCAGGGCAGAACCAGAGGCGACAUGGUGGAGGUCAGUGGAUGGGACAGCGUCUUCAACUCUGGACUUGGGAACAACACUGUUAACCAGAAACAGACAUUCGAACACAAAGCAACAGCUGAACUUAGUCUCUAUGACGACAGACUGUCUGAGACCAGGGAGAGGGGUAGAUAUGGUCUGCAAGGACGGGGGCGUGUCCGUAUGCAGCGGGAGAGAACAGACACAGACUCGGCUAGCGAUGCUCCGUCCUGCUCCUAUAGUUGUGAUUCAGAGAGACUGAUGGCGCCUCAGGUUAACCCCCUAAAAGGUGCAGCCUUCAGCCUGCCUUCUAUAGGAUCUAUCGACUGGAACAUGGACCCUGCAAAAACACAGACACUCCCUGGCCUUCAUCCUCCUCACACUCUCCUUAUGUUAAACCAGACCUCAGACAAUGCCAGUGCCUCAACACUAAAUGGCUACAUAUGCCCAUUGACAAAUGACAGUAGUGGUGACACUAUCAUCAGAUCAGGUGGCAAAGAGAAGCGCUUCCCAUGUUCCUUUUGUGGGAAAGCCUUCAAUUUCCGCAAACAGCUGGAGAUCCACCAGAGGAUGCACACAGGGGAGAAACCAUUCGGUUGUCACCUAUGCCGAGCAAGUUUCUCACACUCGUUCACCCUGAAAAGGCACCAGAGGGUCCACACAGGGGAGAAACCCUACACCUGCCCCCACUGUGAGAAGAGGUUCUCCCACCAGCACCAUCUGAAGAGGCAUUUGAAGGUCCAUACGGGAGAGAGGCCGUUCGCCUGCACUAACUGUGGGAAGAGGUUCUCAGACAGGAGCUACCUCAGGAUACACCAGCAGAAAAACCAUUCCCAUCUAUAACAUAGAAAGUAACUAUUCCACUCGAUAGCUUCUGAUGUUUAGAUCAGACCAUGCAUUAAAGACAAAUGCAUGUUUUGUUGUCAGCAGAAAAGAUCCACAAAUGCAUUUGGAAUAACAAGAGUAAUAGAUUUCAGUGCCUUCAGAAAGUAUUCACACCCAUUGAAUUUUUUCACAUUGUGUUGUGGGAUUAAAAUGGAUUUAAUUGUACUUUUUAUGUUAACAAUCUACACAAAAUACUCUUUAAUGUCAAAGUGUAAGAAGAAUUCUAACAUUUGUAAAACAUUUAUGAAACAUA